UGCAUUGUUCACUUCAGAAUACACUUAAAAAUAUUCCAAGGUGAUUUUAAAUGGCCGGGAGUAAAGUGCUGAUGCAAGUGAAGUGGAAAUAAAUGCAAAUUUUGACAGCAAUUGAUACAAAUGCAUUUCUUUAACGAAGCAAGAAAACAGCAUUCCUCUGGUCUGGUAGUAUGUCCUAGAGUAGUACUGGCUUUAGACUUAAAAGCUAAAAAGUUUUUUAGUGUCAGAGCUGUUAAAUCACUUUUUAGGUCGAAUUGUGCAAAUUGUGAUACUAGUUUCGGCUAUUUUUAGACUGGGUUACUUUGCCCAAAGACUCCUGUAGCGAUGUUGUUUCGAUAUCUCUGCUGAAAGUAGGUACAAUACCAGGAAACUUUGCAAUAAAUGGCGAUCUGAUACGCAGAAAACGAUAGGAUGUAGACCCCAUCUGGAAAUUGUCCCCUUGUUCCAUUUUUAGGCUGGGGUACUUUGCACCAAACCAAACCUUUAUGGACGGUAUUAUUAUCUUAUGUCAGUCUUACUUUGGUACAAUAGCAUGAAACUUUGCAAUAAAGGGCAGUUUGAUGCGCUGAAAAAGAUAGGACCCAAAAUGAAAAAUGUACCCUUGUACUCUAUUUUAAGACUGAAAGACCUAACCCAGACUCUCUGCGGUUGCCAAAAAGGCUUUUCACGAUAGAAGAUAUCAUAUAAAGCUGUUUUUUCAAGGGCCUAAAACAAUUUAUUUACUUUCUUCUGAAUUUUGAAAACCUUUGUUACAACCCCUUCUUUCUUCAACAAAACCUUUGACCGAUCCUACAAGUAGAUGAAAAUAAAUCAGAUCUGUUUCUACUUCUUGCCAAAAGACUUUCGGCGCAUUAUGUGACCGGAAAAUCUAUAUUUGCCACAAUGGGGGAAGCAGUUCAGCGUAUCAAGCUGCCCCUUUCAUGCUCUGACUAAAAUCACUAACAGCCCUGACUACUCAGUAUGAAAGUACCUCUGUCUCUUAUAUACUGGAAUUUGGCGACUAAAGACUUUCAACUUCUCCGACUUAAAAACCAUUCAUGGGAAGGAACUUUAUGGAAAGGUUCAAAUGAUAUGAGUUAUAACUGAAACGUCACAAAAUAUCAUCGUUCUGUUUGACCAUGAUCAGGCAAACGUCCUCUCAGCUGGAAAGUCUUGUCUUUUUCUUCUCCCUCAUUCAGCGAAGUCUUUCCUUCUUGCGGCCAUAGUUUUCCAGCCGAAUGCACUGGUCUUGGAGUAACCUUAUUUGACAAUUAUGAUGGUGCGCGUCCAUAUAAGGAAUUUAACAGCAAGACUGGUGUGUUUUGCUCAAAUCUGUUAAUUCAGACCCAGCUUUCAUUCCUACUAAUAUUCUGAUAAUUUUUGCACACCAAUGCUUUCAAAGGUUUUCCUUUUGAGUAUAAUUUAAGUAUUUUAUACCUAAAAGUGCAGUACUUUCAAGGAAUCACACAAAGCAGAGACCUAUUUGUAAGAAAGGACAAAAACCACACGACCAAGCUUCAUUCUUUUUAACAAUACUUUUUCCAGGGCACCACUGACUCUUGCCGGGUCCUAGUGAAUAUUCUUUCGCUUUUUUAAAUGAUUGGGUGCGUCGGACACCUGUGAUAAGGUUUGAACCUCGCAAGCAGAAUAACACCAAUAAUGUCCGCGAAAUGUGCAAAGACUGAAAUAAAUCUAACAAAUUGACCGAGAUAUGGAGAGGAAGAGCUUUUUCGAAGGGAAAUAAGCUGCAUUGGCAAGUUUUUGUUUAUAUAAAGAGGAGGGUUCGUUGCUUUAGGUUGGUUCGUUGCUUUAGGUUGGUUCGUUGCUUUAGGUUGGUUCGUUGCUUUAGGUUGGUUCGCUGCUUUAGGUUGGUUCGUUGCUUAAGCUUGGUUCGUGAAUUGAUAGCGAUCUCGCUGGAUAGCCUGUGCUCAUGUGGUUGUAACUUGGCCAUUUUUAGUAAGCUUGAAACAAUUCAAUUACCAAAGAAAUAUUUUUUAUGAAGCCAAUAAUUGUAAUGAGGUUUUAUUUCCAUUUAUGUCCAUCAUUUAUUCCUCUGAGUUUGGCAGUCAUUUCCUCUUCAAAUUUAAGAAACCCUGAGUGAGCGUGCUUCCUCGAUGGUUCAUUCUUGCCGCUGUUGAGAACCCUUUUUUGUCUUUCUAUUUUGCUUCAUGCAUGAAUGCACUGAUAUCUAAAGAACAAGGGGGAGGGCCUUGAGAAAUAUUUAUCAGGAAACAAUAGCAAAAAGAAGAUUAGUCCCGGAGCCCUUCGCAACUUUACAUUAAUUGUUCAGUGCAUGUUUUUUCCCAUAUCACAAAUUGGCCCCUAGCAGGAAAACUGGUGAUCGCUCCCAAGUGGCGGUUUUAGGGGGGUUCAGGGGGCAUGGCCCCAGGCCCCGCGUUUAUGGUACCCAAGAGGGGCCCUACAACCAAGAAAAAAGAUAGAAAUUGCAAAAAAGGGCUCCGUAUAUGUUUUCGGCCCGGGGCCCCGCAGUCCCUAAAACCGCCACUGUCCAUCCCCACCAAAGGAAAGAGAUCUCCCUUGUCAGUUUGUUUUCUAAAGGAGGCCAUAGAGGAAAGAUGGCCGCCGUACCAGGAUGAGGAAUGACAAUCUUGUGCGUAAAAGGAAAGCAAUAAAACAACUGAAAUGAUUUCAGAAAUGGCUCAAUUUUUCGACUUACCUUGGGAGGAUAUUAUUUGCAAGAAGAUAUUCAUUUAUUUAAAUGUAUCUGACAUUUGUAGACUUCGGUCUGUAAGCAAAGAUUUUUUACUGCUUGUGGAAACAUACUUCGCAGGGUGCCAAAUUAUUGAUUUGAGUGUUCCCGGAAAAAAGAUUAAUUUCUCAAGGAAAAAUUUUAUUUCUUUAACAAGUGAUUGUGAAAGUCUCCGGGAUCUGAACUUAAAUGGAUGCAAAAGGUGGCUUGACGACAAGGUUUUGAUUCCUGUAUUUUCAAAGAAUACCAGCCUCAAAAGAAUUGACAUAACAGGAUGCAUGGGUGUAACGAACGACAGCAUAAAAGCUCUAGCAAUGAGCAGCAAAUGGCUGCAAGAUCUUAUUUUGGCUGAGUGCAGAUGGUUAACAUCAGAUGCACUCCUUACUGUGGGCCUAGAAUGCACAAAUCUUAGAAAGAUUGUUUUGACUGGUUGUUGGAACAUUAACAAUGACAGUCUGUCAACACUUUUCCAGAACAACAAAUUGCUAAAUCAUGUUGAUAUUAGUGCUUGCUAUGGAAUUGGUGGCUUUUCAAUUUUCACCUUGGCAGAAAAAUGUCCUAAAAUCGAGUUCUUAAGCAUUAAGGGCUGCUGGCGAGUUGAAAAUGAUGCAAUAUUCAAAGUUAGGGAGUAUUGUAAAAUGUUGCAUACUUUGAAAAUAAAAGAAUGCAGAGGUAUUGAUGAACGUAGUUUAUCUCUGCUGCGUUUAAGAGGAGUUAACAUUGAUGUACCAAAACCACCAAAUUAUCACAGACCACUUGCACCCAUAGGUUAUAUCAGAGAGAGAAAUAAUGAACCCUUUAUUAACUUACAAGUUUGAGGCAAGUUCAUUGGAUACCUUGGGGUUUAUUUAAUAGUCAGGCAUCAAAUAGUCACUAAUUUUAUCAACUUUCAAAGGUAUCUAGUGUACAAUGUUUUCCAUAAACUUGCUAGUACCUACUCUACUGUGCUGUAUCUAGUAUAUUAUAUUUACUGAUUUCUAUCUAGCAGCCCCUUUUCAAUAAAGAUGCACUUUUCACAAAAAAUUAAUAACACAUUCUAGUUGCUUUGAAAUGUACAGUCAGGGAUGCUGGACCGACUAAGGGGCAAGGGGGGCAGGCUUGAGCAAAAGGGCAUUUGAAAAAUAAUGCCCAGUUACCAACAAUUCUUUCUUAACCAUCGUUUUGUUUCGAUCUUCAGUCAGUUUCUUAAAAAUUUGCCUGAAUUUUGGCAUAAGAAAUUUCUUUAGAAGUUUUGAGCAAUGUUGCCGUAAAUAAGGCAAUAUAUUCAGGAUUUCAAAUGAAUCUUUUUUAUUUCUUACAGAAGUGCGGCUACAAGAGCACUUCUAUGAAAGGGGUACUUUAGCCCCCCUUGCCCCUCCUAUAAAAUGGCAACAGGGGUGGUUGACUCCCCCAAUCCCUCCUCUCCGGUGUCCCUUUGUACAGUAUGCAGUAGAUCUUUUAAUGAAAUUCAGAAGACUCUAUGGUAGUUAUACUUAAUUGUCUUAUUAGUGGCUAAAGUUAUAAUGUAUAAUGCUUUGAGAUGCUGGCUAUAACUGGGAUUAUAAGCUGUUUCAACCGUAAACAAUUUUUUUUUGUCAAGUCAGUCCCCUCCAAGAUAUAGUCUUAUGAUGAUAGGCUCCCCAUUUCUGGGAGGUGAACCUGCUUUCAAAUGUAAGAGUUUAAAUAUUAGAUCAGGGCUUAUAUUUGGAAUCAAACAUAAGAGGAAAUGUUUACCCUUCAACACAAAUGCAUGUCAAUACCAAUAUGAAAUGAAAGAACAGCAAAUUCUAUUCUUAAACUUUUCUUGAGUGUAUUUCCUUACAUUACGUUUGUAAUGCUUUUUUUGAGACCUUAUAUAUACCAGGCAUCUCAAUGCCUUCUCCUUGAGUUGAUGUGCCUACUUAGAUCUUUCUGGCUUCACCAGCUAUCUUUCCCUGUAAUUUUUUUAAUAUACCUGUCGUUCUAUGAUGGUUAAAGUUUGAUAAUGAGUGUCAACAAAACAUGACAGAUAUUUACAUUUGGGGUUAAAAACUGAUUUUGCAUUUUCUGAUUAUAGUCCCACCAAUAUAGACCCCUCAAAUAUUUGCCCCAAAAAUGGUCUUUGAACCUCUUUAAGCUCUGGGGACAUUGUCCAAAUUUUAUAGUACCGUCACCAUGAAACAUCUUCUUUGAUUACUCACCACACUUUCUUGUUUUAUAGUAUCAUGUUACCCUUAAUCUAGUGGGUAAAUUUAUUGCCCUUGUUUUUGAGAAAAUAUUUUCAUACAGAAUCUUUCCUUUUUUGUACUUUGCUUUUUUCUAACAUUGUGCCCCCUGUUUUUAUAUUAAAAGCUUUUCUGACAAUAUAAGGGGUUUUCUAACAACAAGAAAUCAACAUUAAGGCAGUAAAAUCUGUCACCAAAUGGUAAGGCUAUAGCCUUGGUAAUACAUUGUGUUUUAGCCAUUUUCCUUCAAAACCUUCUUUUUUUUACAUUUUUCCAGUAUUGUAUCCUCUGUUUGUAUAACAAAGCUUUUAAUAUGAUAUUCAAGGUUUGCUAACCUCAUGAUAUCAAUAUUAAGGCAGUAAAAUCAAUCACCAAAUGGUAAGGUUUUAAUAGCCUUGGUAAUACAUUUUUUAGCAGAAAAUAUUUUCCUACUUACUAAAUCAUUUCUGUUUCUAAAUUUUACUUCUUUUUUCUAGUCUCCCUCCAUAGCUUUUCGGAAUAUAUCAGAGUUUACUAACCAUAUGAAAUCAACUUUUACGCAGAAAAAUAAUUCACCAAAUGGUAAGGUUAUAGCCUUGGGGAAACAUCAUUUUUAGCCAUAAACAUAGAAAAUCUUCUCUUUUUACACAUUAACUUCUUUUUCCCAAUAUUGCGUCCUCCAUUCAAUUUUUAGGCAGAAAAAUCCAUUAUCAAAUUGCAUGACUAUAACCUUGGUAGUAUAUAAUAUUUUAGCCAUUUUUAUACAAAAUCUUCUCUUUGUACACAUUUUACUUUAGUUUUCUAAUAUUGAAUCCUCUCUUUCAAUAUCAAAGCUUUUUGGCAAAAUUAGAGUCUUACUAACCAUAUGAAAUCAAGUUUUAGGCAGUCAAAAUCUGUCAUCAAAUGGUAAAGUUAUAGCCCUGGGAAAACAUCCAUCAUGUUUUAGCAAAAUAUAUAGGCAAACAAAAAUCUUCUUAGAUUCCCCAUAUCUACUUCUCUUUCUUUACUUGCUACCAUUUCUUGCCAUAUUGAAACUUUUUAAGCACAGGAUAUAUUUGGGCAAUAACAUUUAUCUUUAAAUGGUUAUAUCAUAGCCUUGGUAUGACAUUAACUUUUGGCUGAAAUCAUUUCCAAGAGAUAUAAUUUACUUGGAAUUUGUUCCCCAGCAUUUGGUUUCCCCAGCUUGUUUAAAGAUAUAGAAGUAUCGAAAUUGGUUACCCAGCUUUUGGUCCAGAAGUAAGGCUACUCCUGUUGCACUUUUGCUGGGUUCAAUUUUUAUGUUCCCUUUCUGUUUCUUGAUCGGAAAUUCAGAUUUGGGGAAAAGAAAGUCAAACACGAGGAAACUAAAUUCUUUAGCUUGAUGAUACAGAAAAUAUUCAAGUACAAAUAGAAAGCUGACUACUGAAGCAGAAAUGAUGAAGUUUCUAUGACAAUUAAAAAAAGAAUAAAUACAUUCGCUACGAAAAGAAAUUCAACCAUUAAUCUAAUUUUGGCAUUAAAGAUAACAUCUACCUUAAAGUGUAUACCCGGCAAUAUAAUCUGCUGUUUGACAACGAAUAGAAAACUAGAGUUUGUGCGAAUAUGUGCCAUCAAAUGUGCAAAAAUCUAUCGCACAUUAAGUUGAACAAACAGGGAAGCUCCUAAAAUUGAAGCAACAAGUAGCAAUCUGCGAAUUGCAGCAGCUAUGCUCAGUCUGAAUGAAUUAAUUAUAAUUUAUUUAUAAUUAUGCAAUUUUAUCGCAGCAAUCAAAGAAAACGGCCAAUAACCCGUCAUUUUCGUCUACAAUAGAUUUGACCUAACCUAAAACAGGAAAAUGCUCUUAAACCGAAACUGCUUAUUCUGCGUUAAAAAAAACGCAGAGCUUUUUUAAAUUUGAGGAAUGCUCAAAGCUGCACUGAACAUUGAAAGUCUUUCUUUUCUUUAGAAAAACCAUUUUCAAAACAAGGGAAUUAACACUUUGUUUUCUAAAUCAAGAUUGACAAAGGACAUCGCAAAUUGAACCAUCUAAUCGAAAACUACACCUCUAAAACAAAAAACGUUUAAAAAAAGAAAAGAUAAAUAGAUUUGGCAUUGCUGAAAUUUAAGAAUAAUACAAAUAGGUUGUAAAAUAAAACUGUGCAUAAUACUGCUGCUACUGUAACUUCACGCACAGAACGACGGAAGCUCCACACAUAGGACAACAGCCGACCCACAUGUUAUAAAUAACCCUCAAAAAGAAAAUCUGCAGGUUUCCCUAACUAAUAAAGCCAGCUUAAGCGGUAGAAUGAUAGAUCUUUUCUAACAUUACUUUUAGGAUUUCAUCACAAAUCGUAAAAUUUUCGAAGAAUACGAGAAAUGUCAAUCCAAUAAAUCGAAGGACUUCAUAAUUAUUUAGUUUUGCAAAAACCUCUGUUUUGUGGCUGCAAAGGGCUUGCAAAUUACUCUGUCAAAGAACUUUAAUGGGUACAUGUCAAGUUGAAUAAGGGCUGCGGUGUCAGGAAAGUGAAGCUUGGCGUCCUUCGGCAAAGCCAUCUAUUUUACAAAACGAUUACUUAGAAAAUAAUGUCAAUAGACGAGCCCUUACAGGGAAAAACACAACGAUUUACGAAGACUUUAAGUCAAAAAUAGUACCACCUACAAUCCGUUAUAACAAUAAAUAUCUGACAUCUGUUUACGAACGUAAAAUCGCCUAAAACGAGUAAGUGGAACCUUGCUUGAAAAAUAAAAUGGCCGCCUUUAAACACGUGACGAUUCUCGCUUCUUGAUUUAGCAAAACAUGCGGCAUAAACAUGAAAACACAACAACAACAGUAUGUUAAGAUCAAUGCCUUAAUACCCUUAUGAAUGCAUGGUGCGUGUCAUAAUAAUAUCGAUAAUAAAAAUAAUACAUUUCCUUAUCUACCAACAGAACAUAAUAUCAACUGAAUAUUACGUCACCGGUUAAGAGUUUUUGAUAUGGCGUCAUUGCGCAAAGCACAU